AUGGCUGAAUCUGACAAGCAAUUAGAAAGUAACGAGAGUAGUAAUGACUCAUCCAUUGAAAAUGCUCCUGAGACGAAUCCACAAUCGCAAGGGGAUUUUAAAGAAGGCGGUUAUGGUUGGGUGGUCAUUUUUAGCAUAUGGCUGCUAAACGCCCACACUUGGGGACUCAACUCUACUUUUGCUGUCUUCCUCGCCUAUUAUCUAAGAACAGGCACUUUCGGAACAAGCCAACUCGGAUACGCUUUCGUCGGCGGUCUCUCCAUCUCUAUCGCUCUGCUGGUCUCUCCCCUGGCAACAACCCUCGUGGGGUGGAAACGAUGCGGUACGCGGCUAACUAUUUUCAUCGGGAUUGUGCUCCAAACGAUUGCAUUCAUCGGGUCCUCUUUUGCUACUGAACUAUGGCACUUGCUGUUAAGCCAGGGCGUGGCCUUUGGAUUUGGCAUGGGCCUGAUUUUCGUUGCCUCCGCUUCCGUGCCACCUCAGUGGUUCGUGAAGCGCCGGUCCUUUGCUAACGCCAUUGCCGUGUCAGGCUCGGGCUUCGGCGGUCUCUGCUACUCCUUAGCAACCAAUGCCAUGAUCGCCCAUGUCGGCCUGCCAUGGGCCUUUCGCAUUUUGGCUAUCAUAUGUUUUGUAGUCAACAGUGUCGCUGUCAUGCUCAUACGAGACCGCAACGAAGCUAUUGGUUCCAUCCAUGUAGCCUUCAACUGGGGGCUCUUCAGGAGACCUCCGUUCCUCCUGUUUCAGGCUUGGAUGGUCCUUUCUCUUAUCGCAUACAUCAUCCUCGUCUUUAGCAUCGUAGACUACUGCCAGUUUGUUGGCUUGUCUGCCUCUCAAGCUUCAUUAGUUGGAGCGCUGUUUAAUCUUUCUCAAGGACUUGGACGACCCAUGAUAGGAUUGUCGAGCGAUUCUGUUGGCCGUCUCAACAUCGCCAACCUCUGCACGCUAUUUUGCGGUCUUCUCUGCAUGUUUGUCUGGACAUUUGGGACAAAGAGUCUGGCUGCAUGUAUCGUAUUUGCCCUUCUUAGCGGUUGCGUGGCUGGCGUGAUAUGGGCUACUGUUGCCCCGAUAUGCGCCGAAGUCGUCGGGCUCGCUCUUAUUCCUUCAGCACUGUCCAUGACUUGGCUCGUGCUUGUUUUACCGGCCACCUUCGCCGAAGUCAUAGCUGUGAGCCUCCGAGGUCCGGGGCCGCGGGGCUACCUGCACGUCCAACUCCUCACCGCAUCUCUCUAUCUAGGUGCCUUCGUAUUUGGCUGGGCCCUUAGAGCCUGGAAGGUCUGGGAGUUGGAGCAAGUGCGGCUCAGCAAGGAACAGCGUGAAUUGGCCAUUCGUGACGACGGCGUUUUGGCAUCAGCCUUGGAACAAGAGCCGCGGAUUGAUGCCCCCCAAUCUACUGCUGCCCAGCGGCGGUUCUCCAUGCUCAAAGGACUAUGGGUCAUAGAACGUGUGUAA